UUAGGGUAGCGGUAGUACCAGGAAUAUGGCCGAAUAUACUGGUUUACAGUAAGAACACGGUAUUUGUGCAGACUAGUAGUAAUAGCGAAGUGAGCAAAGCAGCACUGGUGAAGCCGCAGUCGCGACUCGCACCAUGGCAGCACAGGCUUGAAGGAAACUCUCCAUGCUGCUUAAACUUAUUAAGUGCUUUCAAAGUUGGUCCCGACUCCCACUCCAGCUGGCCUCAUUGUCCACUAGCUGUCCUUCGAGUGGCUCCAUACUUUGUCGUCCUCUGAUCCUGGUCCAGGAUGUGGCGGGCUUGAAACAAUGCAGAACGUUGACUGAGAAAGCAAUGUGAUUGCUGCCAGGCGAGCUGCUGUGACAUUCGAAAGGAGGAUAAAGAGAGCGCAUUGCCUGCCGACGUUGUUAGCGGAGGGCUCCUCAGAAAAGAUGGUCGCAGCCUCGACCUCGCAGUCAGUGCUACGGAGCUGGCAGGUCGGGAAUCCCUCUGUGCCCCGCUCAAAGGCAAAUGCGGCACACGUCAGCAAAAUUUGCUGCAUCCUCAAAAAGGCCAAUGCAAGCCAGCCCUUCGGCUUCCAGAACCCCACAGGCCUUCCCCACUCUCUGGCUACCCGCAGCCACUGCCAUCUCCGGCGUGAGUCUUUCCAUGUCAGGUGCUCGAAUGCCGCCGAAGCUGUGGCUGCAAAGCAACAUCCGGCCAAGAAGCACCAUGACAAGAGGCAUGAACACCACAAGGCCACCGAGGACGUCGGUAUCAUUGAGUGGUUGAAGGAAAAUGGGGCGGAGCAGCCACAGGUUGCUUUGAAGGACAAGAAGGUCCAUGGGCAAAACGAGCGCCCUAUUCAUGUCCUUGUGGCAGCAGAGGACCUGAAAGCCGGCCACAAGGCGCUGUCCAUUCCGGACAAUCUGGUCGUCACACUUGAACGCGUGCUUGGCGAUGAGAACGUUGCGGAGCUCCUGACAACCAACAAGCUGUCGGAGCUGGCGUGCUUGGCCCUGUACCUUAUGUAUGAGAAGAAGCGGGGGAGGGAGUCGUUCUGGUUCCCAUUCAUCCGGGAGCUGGACAGGCAGAGGGGACGGGGACAGGCGGCUGUCGAGUCGCCGCUGCUCUGGUCAAAGGACGAGGUCGACGCGUACUUGCAAGGGAGUCCAAUGAAGCAAAUUGUGGCGGAGCGGUUGAUUGGCAUCGAGCGGGAAUACAACGAGUUGGACACAGUGUGGUUCAUGGCGGGCAGCCUGUUCCAGGAGUACCCGUUUGACAUCCCCACCGAGGCCUUUACCUUCCAGAUCUUCAAGCAAGCGUUUGCUGCGGUCCAGGCGUCCGUAGUGCACCUGCAGGGCGUCAACCUGGCCAAGCGCUUUGCGUUGGUGCCGCUCGGCCCGCCGCUGACGUCGUACAAGAGCAAUUGCCGGGCAAUGCUCAAGGCGAACGCGGGGCACGUGGAGCUGGAGGUUGACCGGGACUACGAACAAGGGGAGCCCAUCGUGGCCUGGUGCGGGCCGCAGCCCAACGUGAAGCUGUUCUUGAACUACGGCUUUGUGGACGAGGAUAACCCGUACGAUCGGCUCACUGUGGAGGCCGCUCUCGACACCAAGGAUCCGCUGUACCAGCAGAAGAAGGCCAUCGUGCAGAAGAACGAGAAGAUGCGCGUGCAGGCUUUCCAGAUCUACCGCAACAAGGAGAUGGCUGCGGUGUACGAGAUGUUGCCGUACGUCCGCUUGGCGCACGUGGUCGAAGAGGAGGCGCUGGAGGACGUCAUCUUCGCCAAGGGGCCCAUCUGCCCCGUGAGCCCCUGCAACGAGAGGGCCGUGUUGAACCAGAUUCGGGAUUAUACCGUUGAGCGCAUGGCAGGCUACGCCACGACCAUCGAGGAGGACAACAAAGUGAUUGGGGACGACAAAGCACCUCCAAAGAAGCGAGUCGCCUCGAAGUUACUAAAGCUAGAAAAGAAGAUCCUCAGGAACUUCUUGGCAGCUGUCGACGAGUUGAUUAACGAACUGCCAGAUGGGUCGGAUAUCCCAUGCCAGGGAGUGUUCCCCCCAAUCUUUAAGUAGCAUUGAUCUGUCCAUUGGUUUCUGAAAGGAUCACAUCCAACAGUUUGCUAACUUCCCAGAAGCCUCGGAAAUCAUAGGGUGAUACUGAGCCUGCAAAGUGCAGUGCUAUACCAUCUUUUUGGAUUCCUGCAUGAAUUUGGUGUCAUAGUAAGCUCUUGUGCCUAUAGUAGUCAG